AUGUCCGCAGAAACAAUCACAACUAUCUCCCCCUCCACCAACCGCCCGAUUCUCACCCGUACCGGCAUCUCCACCGAUGAAAUCAAGCGCAUCCCCGACCUCGCGCAGGAGGCAUUCCGCUCCUUCUCGCAGUCCACGACCCUCGCGCAGCGACAGCAGAUCGUCGACCGGGCACUAUCCAUCCUCGAGAAGAGGAAGGAUGAGCUUGCGCACCAGUUGACGGAGCAGAUGGGGCGGCCGAUUUCGUACACGGGUGUUGAGAUCUCGACGGCUGUGAAGCGCAGUCAGUACUUGAAUCGGAUUGCGCCGUCGGUGCUGGGUGAGGAGGGGGUUGUGCCUGGGGAGGAGGAGAAGGGGUUCAAGAGGUUUAUUAAGCGGAAGCCGGUGGGGGUUGUGCUGAUUAUAUUUGCGUGGAAUUAUCCCUACCUGGUUCUGGUUAACAGCUUGAUUCCGGCGAUUCUGGCGGGCAAUGCUGUUAUUUUGAAGCCGUCGCCUCAGACGCCCACGGUCGUGGAGGAGGUUGCUGCUGCGUUCGCUGAGGCUGGUCUUCCAGAGAAUGUGCUCCAGUAUUUCCACUGCGGGGCGCCGGAGGUGCUUGAGAAGCUUGUUCGGUCGCCUCAGGUUAACCAUAUCUGCUUCACUGGGUCUGUGGCUGGUGGGUUGGCUGUUCAGAAGGCCGCGUCGGAUCGCAUUGUCAGUGUUGGGCUCGAGCUGGGUGGCAAGGAUCCGGCUUAUGUGCGGGACGAUGUGGAUGUGGCGUGGGCGGCGGAGGAGAUUGUUGAUGGGGCAAUCUUCAACAGUGGUCAGAGCUGCUGCGCGAUUGAGCGGGUGUACGUCCACAAGAACAUCUACGAGACGUUCGUCGCCGAAGUGAAGAAGGUGUUGAGCAAGUAUUGUGUUGGGGAUCCGUCGGAGAAGACUACGCAGAUUGGGCCCGUCAUCUCGAAGCGCGCGAAGGAGACGAUUUUGGCGCAUAUCGCUGAGGCGGUCGAGAAGGGCGCUCGGGACGAGACCCCUGCCAACGAGACGUUCGACAAUCUUCCUGCCGAUGGUAAUUACGUCAAGCCCACAUUGCUGACGGGCGUCAAUCACAAUAUGCGUGUCAUGACGGAGGAGACUUUUGGCCCUGUGCUUCCCGUGAUGAAGGUCGAGAGCGACGAGGAGGCAGUCAAGCUCAUGAACGACAGCGAGUUCGGACUCACUGCAAGCAUCUGGACGAAGGAUGUCCCUAGGGCUGAGGAUCUCAUUGAGCAAGUCGAGGCGGGAACAGUCUUCAUCAACAGAUCUGACUACCCUAGUCCGGAUCUUGCAUGGACCGGUUGGAAGAACUCAGGUCGUGGUGUCACGCUGAGCAGGUUCGGGUUCGAGCAAUUCGUCAAGCUCAAGAGCUAUCAUGUCAAGGAUUAUCCGAAAUAG